GGGCGGGCGAAGGCGCAGCCAGUCAGCGCGGGCCCAGCCCCGCAGGUGGAGGCAGGGCGGCCGCGCUGUCACUUCCUGCACCGGCCCGCGAGCAGUCGCAGCCCGGCGCCAUGUCGUUCAGGAAGGUUGUGCGCCAGAGCAAAUUCCGCCAUGUCUUCGGGCAGCCUGUCAAGAAUGACCAGUGCUAUGAUGAUAUCCGUGUCUCCCGCGUCACCUGGGACAGCACCUUCUGCGCCGUCAACCCCAAGUUCAUGGCCGUGAUUGUGGAGGCCAGUGGAGGAGGAGCCUUCCUAGUGCUGCCACUGCACAAGACGGGGCGCAUCGAUAAGUCCUACCCUACUGUCUGUGGGCACACAGGCCCAGUCCUGGAUAUCGACUGGUGCCCGCAUAAUGACAAUGUAAUUGCCAGCGGUUCUGAGGACUGCACGGUCAUGGUCUGGCAGAUCCCGGAUAAUGGGCUGACACUGCCCCUGACGGAGCCCGUCGUGGUCCUGGAGGGGCACUCAAAGCGUGUGGGCAUCAUCACCUGGCACCCAACCGCCCGCAAUGUACUCCUCAGUGCAGGCUGUGACAAUGUGGUAAUCAUCUGGAAUGUGGGCACGGCUGAGGAGCUAUACCGCCUGGAUGACCUGCACCCCGACCUCAUCUACAAUGUCAGCUGGAACCGGGAUGGCAGCCUCUUUUGCUCAGCAUGCAAGGACAAGACCGUGCGCAUCAUUGACCCCCGGCGUGGGCUGGUUGUAGCGGAGAAGGAGCGGGCACAUGAGGGAGCCCGGCCCAUGCGUGCCAUCUUCCUCGCUGAUGGCAAGAUCUUCACCACUGGCUUCAGCCGCAUGAGUGAACGCCAGCUGGCACUCUGGGGCCCGGAUAACUUGGAGGAACCCAUAACACAGCAAGAGCUGGACUCAAGCAAUGGAGCCCUGCUGCCUUUCUAUGACCCUGACACCAAUGUUGUCUAUGUCUGCGGCAAGGGGGACUCCAGCAUCCGGUACUUUGAGAUCACAGAGGAGCCUCCCUAUAUCCACUUCCUGAACACGUUCACCAGCAAAGAGCCCCAGCGGGGCAUGGGCUGGAUGCCCAAGCGUGGCCUGGAUGUCAAUAAGUGUGAGAUUGCCAGGUUCUACAAGCUUCAUGAGCGCAAAUGUGAGCCCAUCAUCAUGACGGUGCCAAGGAAGUCGGACCUGUUCCAGGAUGAUCUGUACCCGGACACAGCUGGGCCAGAGGCAGCCAUAGAGGCCGAGGACUGGGUGGCUGGGAACACAGCAGGGCCAGUGCUGAUCUCGCUCCGUGAGGCCUACGUGCCCACCAAGCAGCGGGACCUCAAGGUCAACAAGAAGAACGUGCUGCAUGAGAGCCGUCCUGCAUCCCGCCCCUGCAGUGCUGCCCGCCUCAGUGCUCCACCUGCCCUUACCACAUCCAUGCCCACUGCCACUGGGCAGGGCAGCGGGCGCCUGGAGGAGGUGCUGCAGGAGCUGAAGAAUCUACGGGUAGUGGUGGCAGAGCAGGGCGAGCGCAUUGCCAAGCUGGAGCAGCAACUGAGCAGCAUGGAGAACGGAGAUGUCUAGGUCCCGGGGCUGUCCCCCGCCCUUUGUAAUGGGUCACACAAACCGGGGUCCUCACGGAUUCACCUCUGAGCUGCCAGUAACCCCCUCCCUCAUCCCUACCCUGCAGGAGGGGACCCCGGGCUCUGCUCCCAGCCACCUUCCUCCACCCCCAAUCCUAUUGGGGCUGGGGGAGCCUCUUCCUUCCUUUUUUUGUAUGGCUGACCAAAAUCCUCCACCCCUUAAAGAAGUGGGUCAUGCAGACCCCACCCCCACCCCCGCUUCCUACCCCCAAAUCCCCACUGCCUUACUCAGUGCCGCCCCCUCCUGGCAGCUCCUCUCUGAGCAGGUGGGGCUGGCUCUGUCCAUAGGUACUUAGCUCUCACAUGCGUCCUUAGCGGGUGUGGUGAACUCCUGGCCUUGUCUGUCUCUGAGCUGGGGUUGCGGGUUAGUCCCGUCUCUGCCCAUGUGCCCUCUACCCUGAGCCAUUACCCUGGGAAGGAGCCUCUGUUCUCUUAACCCCUCUCCUACCUGCAGUGCACACCUCUGCCCCAGGACUGGGCAGGGCAGAAAUUCACUGGUUGACCUGGCAGCCCCUUCCUGUGUAAGGGAGCAGCCCUAGCCCCCAUGGGGGGCAGGCCUGUAGGUCCUGCUCACUCAGCCCCCUCCCCAUGUGUUGCAUUGAACCCCCUUCUGGUAACAUCCAACACCCUCUUGGGGAGGGUGGGGGCACAGCACUGGGCAUGAUGGCAGCCUUGUGUGGCUGCCGGGACCAGGUAGUGGAGUUGUGGGGAGGGGGCAAAGUGAUUAGACCAGGGUCCAGGACCAGGGAGCUACCAGUCCCUGGCCCAGAUUCUAUGUUUUGUCUGUCUGUCUGUCCAGUUUGUCCAUGCAAGGGGCCAGGCUUGUCAGGGACCAUUCCCCCUCUUCCCCAAUGGUGGAGCAAGCUCCCACAGGAGGAGAGAAAAUACACAGCCUGUUCAGGGUCGAGAUCUAUAUUUUCACUCCAAAUAAAAGGUCUUUAUUAUAAA